GCAGCAGCAUUUCGAACACGACGGCGACGAAGCCUUUUAUUAAACGUCGCGAGUUUUGAAGUUUGCUGAGUUCUGUACUAAGUGAUUUAAAACGGAAGACAAAAAAGGAUGGAAACUCAAAAGGUGUAACGUCCGUCAGAAACAAUGUAUGUGCAGGUGCUUGCUUGGUUACUAUGCUGUUACGCCAUCUCCAGAAGCCGGGCUACAACAUCCUUUCCGAUCCCACCGAGUGGCCAUCACCUGUUGCUCCAACAUUCCCCCAUUGCAGUGGCCCUUCCACCUGUGGCCAGAAGGCAGAUGGAGAUCCUUCCAGCACAGGAACGAGAACCUUCUUGCUCAGAGCUCCGGUCCAUGUGGAGACAUAUGAGGCGCAUGGGCCGACAGAUGGAGUUCACUAAUGAGAUACCCAAACUGCAGGACCCUUUCACAGCCAGCGCUAUGAGGUACGGCACAGGCAGGAGAAGACCGAGCAAAUACCCGGACCCCAAUCCAUACAGCGCGGCUAAGUCUUCCAUCGCAGCCAAAGAACAAGUCUUCCAUAAGACGGACUUCGUCCAUACCCCGAAAGGCCAGUUCGGGUCCAUUGUGAAAGACCAGAACGAAGUGUACGACACUCCCAACAGGAUACUGGACACCCCCGACUCGCUCGGUUUUCACGAAUUUGAUGAGUAUCCUGGGACAAAGAUAGCUGGACCUCGACGUGUCCCGGGCAGGUUUGCUGACACAUCUCUGCCCGAGGAGGCUUUGGGUGUUUAUGGAACCGUGGUACACUCACCAGAAGAGAGGGCACGUUUCAGGGCAAGGACAAGAAGACCACCGGAUUAUGGACUGAGCAGGUAUCGAACCCCUUGGAGCGACAGCACGGGCCUGGGUCGAGUCCCCUUCCAUGCGACGAAACCGCAUACGCAGUACCACUACGGCAGUGUCGUGACUCACGGGGAGAGGCACCCGCUGGGGGGGUUCGCCGAGUUCCCCCAAGAAGUCGGACAGAGGAACGGAGGGGGUGCUCGGGUGGAGAGGAUCGAUAAAAUUCCACUGGCCGGAAAGUUAAAGAAUACGUGCCUGCGACUCCAGAGCCGAACGUGCAAAACAGACGUCGAUUGCUUCUGCAGCGGAAGUCCGAAAAUGUUUUGCGGUGGGGACAGAUGUCGGCCGCUCUUCAAGGCUGGGAAAUAUGGCAAACAGAAAUGGGGCAAGAGCUGGUUUACGGAUUCCUACGAGCGCAGCCUUAUGGGAUACGGCCCUAAGCGCGACCCCGUGUGGCCAGGACCUUUCUGAACGCAUCCCACUGCUAACGUGACCAUCAAGAAAGAAAACACAAAAAAAAAGUUCUAGAAAAUUCUAAAGUGACUGUCGUAAGCAAUUUUCACCCACAUAUCCAUAUGUUCUCAGUUUGUGGGAAUUGGUAUAAUACACCGAGAUGCUUCCAAUUCAAUUUUAAAUUUCAAAUAUGUAUAUCAAUAUUUAAUGUUCUGUCCGUCAUAUCUGCUAUGUUUGGUGCCCGACAUGGAGAUCUAGAGGAUUUUAUUUGUAGCAGAAAAUAUUAUUAUUUAAUUUUUUCAGACCUUUCUUUUAUAAUACAGUCGAAUCCUGUUGAAUGAACUGUUCAAAUGUUUCUGAAUCAGAAGGUUCUUUAAGUACGAAUUGAACAAUAACCUUAAAUUGUGCACUUCUUUUUAUAUUAAUGAAUAUUUACUGAACAGUUCAUGUUAUUGUUAUAUAUUUGAAAGCAAAUAAUCAGUGUAAAAAGCUACAUUGGGUCUACUGAAUGAUAAGUUUUAAAAAGUUAUUUAUUUAUUUCUAUUAAAGUUGUGACAAUCGUAUUAUGAUUUAAAAAAAAAGAUGUUUAUUAGCUACAGUGAAUGAAAAGGUAACAGUCGAAUCGAAAGAGUAAAGUCAACUUUAGGAAGAAAAAAAAGCAUAAGAUCAUUGUUGGAUAUGCAUUAAGAAUUAAUUUUCCUGAAAAAUAAAUUUAAGAUUAUAGAUCAUUUAUUUUAAAGAUAAUCAAAUCAUUGAUUUCCAUUUAUGAAGUAAAACUUAAGUUAAAUUUCAAAUUAAUAUUCGACAUCAAUUAUUUAUCGUUAUUAGAUUUUUCUGAUAAUAACAAUUCGCUAUAAAUAUUAUUAAUAUUCCUCAAUGUAUAAAAAAAAGCUAUAGUGAAAAGUUCCUUACAAUUGUGAAUUCUCCACUAAAAUGACUAGGCUUUCCAGAUUCCAUCCCGGUUUCAGCUCUUCGCCCAGAUUUUAAAAAAUGCUCCAGAUUUGUCCCGGUUUUGAAAAGAAUAUCCAAAUUAUCAUUUCCUUUUCCCAUUAUAAGUAGUUAAUUUUUUAAACGAUUGAUUUAUUUAAUUUCAGAAAAAUAACACUAGAAUUCUACUUACACAAACCUUUACAAUGCAUAGAAUAUGAGAGAUCCAGCUUACCUGGAUCCUUACCUUAUAGUAAGUCAUUUUUAAGGUUAAUAAUAUAUUUGUACUAGUCUUAUACCAAUACAAAAGUGUUUAAAUAACACAUAUUAAAUAGGAGAACGCAGUCUUUUUUUUAAACUAUAAUAUCUUACUCAUUCCUCCCCCCCCCCCACCUCAUUUAGCCUGCUCUAAAUUGAAGUCAGAAAGUCUGGUCAUUUUAACUAACCUCAGAAUUCAUUAUAAUGGGAUUUGACUGUAUUAUAUAAAAAACGUGAACAUUAAAAUGAAUUGAAGGAGAAGAUGCUGAUACAGAUUAUAUUUUUUUAAUAAUUUUUUUCGCUAAAGAUUAAAAUUACGUGUUUAAAAAAACACAUAUAAUUUAGAAAUUGCCCUAAAAUUUUAGAAAUUUAUUCAGAAAAUAUCUUUUUCAUUUUUUUUAUCGCUUUCAAAAACAAUUUU